AUGUAUAUGCUUUCAAAAUCGGAUCCCAGGGCCAGUUCCAGUGCAUAUUUUCCGUACCAGCAAUUAGUACCUUUUGCCACUACGACGUCCACAGUUACGGACCAAAGUGAUAGAUCGAGCAUCAAGAACCAAGAAGAAGUUUCGAGUGUUGGCAAAGUUGUUGCCGGUGGAGCGAUACCGCAAAAUGCCACCACGGCUGAUAUCGAACCUAAAAGAUUGGCUGGAAAUAUUGAUAAUGAAAUGGCUCCAGUCAAAGUUACAGUAACUCCAUUCGGAUGCAUAGACCUGGACGAAAACUCCAAAUCCCUUUGGACUCAGCAAACCCACUGGGUUCGUGCCAUUAAAUUAGCAGACGACUGUCACGGCUACAACGUGCAACUGAGAUUCCAUCCUUCUUUCCGGCUUUUCCCGAGCAAUCUGAGAGCUUACAACAAUCAGCUACCGAAAAUCAUCUUGCAAGCCAUCAGACCGAUCGAAGCCGGCGAGGAAUUGCAAAUGUGGUUUUCUGAAGAUGUUUUGGCCACUUUGCAAAUUGCGUUUUUGGGACUUUCGAAUAUUCGAGGCGAAAACAAAUACAUUUGCAGUAAAUGCGACGCCUCCUACGAGUCUCCCAAUCCUCUGAAAUUGCACAUGACCCUCAAGUGCGGAAAGUUCGACAUUUCCGCACUGUGGCAACGUUUGGCUUGGCUGAUGGAAGGCGCGCCAGCUUCGGACGAUAAUUUCGAGUUCAAACUCAACCUGGUCGAACACCAAGUUUACAAACACGAUACGAACGUCUUGGAUUUGAGUUACAAAAAGCACGAAUCGGGAGCGACUAUUGGAAUUGAGCGGAAUAAUUCGGCUUUUAAACCUUUCAAAAGAGAAGAAAUGGAAAUAAAUGGUAACAGCCCUCAUCACCUGAACACCCAACCUUUACCUCAACAUCUAACAUCUAUUCCGAUUCUAUGGCCAGCAGCUGACGUUUUACAACUUCAUAAAGGCUUCAUGCACGGUCGCACCAAAAAUGCUCAAAAUGAUGCUCAAAUUGAAAGUUUGGUAAGCAGUUUGGGUAAAGCAAGACAAGGGCACAUUUGUCUCUACUGUGGCAAAUGCUAUUCAAGGAAAUACGGUUUGAAAAUCCAUAUAAGAACACACACCGGUUAUAAGCCUUUAAAAUGUAAAUUUUGCGAACGUCCCUUUGGCGAUCCAAGUAAUUUGAACAAACAUGUUAGGCUUCACGCUCAAGGAAACACGCCUUACAAAUGUGAAAUUUGUGGUAAGAUCCUGGUGCGAAGGCGCGACUUGGAGAGGCACUUAAAAUCCAGACAUUUGGCCGACAUUCAUCCAGGACAAAAUAUUUUGGAAGAAAGUCCUGUUAAUAAUAACGAGAGUUCGAAUUCUGCCACUGAAAGUUCUGAAAUUACACAAACGCAAAUUGAUGAAUCGAGUAAUUCAGAAGUAAACAUUAUUAUAAUCGCAGCAGAAUCUGAUAAUGAUAGUUCUAAAAUUUGUUGA